UGCCUUUGCCUACAGCUGCUGUGAGUUGAUGCGUCCCGUUAUAUCCGCCACUAUCUUUGUGCAAUUUCUAGUCGUUGGCCUAAUGAUGGGUCUGGGCGCAUUGAAUCUGCUGUUUAUCGAUAACUUUUGGCAAAGCAUACCUACACUUGUUUUUUUCUUAGCUACCAUACUGGAAACUUUUCCCUUUUGUUAUGCUUGCGAUUUAUUUGUGCAUGAUCUGAAGGAUUUAUCGUAUGCUAUAGUCGCUUCGCAUUGGCUAGAUGCUGCGCCUAGUUAUAAAAAAACGUUGCUGAUAUUUCUGCAAUAUUCACAGCGUUCGAUUGUUUUUGUUGCUGGCGGCAUAUUUCCCAUUUCUAUGAACAGCAAUAUUAAGGUAGCUAAAAUUGCCUUCAGCGUUAUAACUCUAGUGCAGAAAAUGAAUCUAGCUAAUCGUUUUGUUAACAAUCAAUAAAAGUAAGCG